CACAAGUCCCUAGCUGUCGAUAUUGGGUAUACAUGUUCUGCCAACAAAGAAGGUCAUCAUCUACUAUGGAUUUGUGUUCCUUGGAAACGAAGUUGGGUCAACGUGAAAAUCUAGAAAUCUGAAAUUAGUUCAAAAACUAACUAAUUAUCGGCUUAUAAAGUCAUUUAGGAGUACUAUAUGUAUGGCAGGAUGACAACAGACGAUGCGAAGUCGUACCUGUCCAACAGGGAGGUACCACAGCUCUUCGAGUGUCUUAUGACAGGGCUGAUGUACCAUAGGCCCAAGGAUCAUAUCAGCUACCUUCAGGAAUGUCUGAAUAAAAUUAGUGAAUCGGGCUUGGAACAAGUCCGUUGGAAUCUCUUUAUCGAACAAAAGCGUGCAAAAACACCUGCCCCACUGCCACCCAUAAAUGGCAGCGCAAAUGGUAGACGCACUAGCUCUGGGCGUAGCAGACCACGUUCAAGAACAGUUUCAGCUGAUAUAAUGAAACUAGAAGACAGUCGUACCAGUCCUCUACCUCCCAUAGGCACAGCAGGAACUACCCGUACAGCAACCCCACCCCCAGGCCAUGGCAAGGAGAAUGAUCUAUAUGUCAAACCUGAAAAGGCCUUGAUUGACAUUCCAGAUGUACCAAUCGUUUUUGUAAUAGGGGGUCCUGGGAGUGGUAAAGGCUCACAGUGUAAGAUGCUGGUGCACAGGUACCCUGGUUGGGUACAUCUUUCUAUUGGAGAUCUGUUACGCAGGAAUAUUAUGCAGAAAGGCUCAGCUGAUGACAAAUGGGGCAUGGUUGGAGAUCUCUUACAGAAAGGUGAAAUGGCACCAGAGGAUAUUGCCAUACAACUUGUGACUGACAGUCUGAAACAAUACAAAGAUGCUAAAGGUUUCAUCAUAGAGGGUUACCCAAGGACUAUGCAACAGGCAGAGGAGUACAACAAAAAGGUUGGAAAAGUGGAUCUGGUUUUCGUUCUUGAUUGUGAAGAGUCAAAUCUGCAAAGACGACUCUUGGACCGCCAUGAAUCAUCUGGCAGAAUUGAUGAUUCAAUGAAUGCAGUUUCAGCAAAACUCCACCAUUUUAAAACGAACACUCUACCACUUGCAAAAUACUAUGAUGACAGUGGCUACCUGGUUGUGUUGGAGGGUGAUCGUGACAUGUAUGAAAUACAUUAUGAUCUGUCUUCAAUGUUUGACCAAGCAUUCCCAGCACAAACACAAGAGGCAAGAUCUAUUACUCCAGGGACAAUGGAAGGACUAGUUCCCCACCCACCUCCCGGCUCACCUAAUGGCCGAAGAUCUCGAGGUCCCAAAACAAGCCGACAAAACACUUUUGAAUUUAGUCGCGACAACACAUUUGCAGAGGGCAAUUGGCCGGACCCUGAUAUUACCAUAGGAGUAAAGGAUGAAGGAAGAAAAAAUGAUAUGCCACAAUGCCCAAUUAUAUUGGUACUAGGUGGUCCAGGCAGUGGUAAAGGAACUCAGUGUCGCAAUGUUAUUGCCAACUUCCCUGGAUUUGUUCACAUUUCUAUGGGAGACAUUUUACGUGAGGAAAUUGCUCAGCGAGGUAGUGCAGAAGAGAAGUGGGGAAUGAUUUCAGAUCUUGUGCAGAAAGGAGAUAUGGCCCCUGAGGAGAUCACAGUUGACUUGUUAACUAAAGCUGUUCAGAAAUACAAUGACACUGACACAAAGGCAAUCUUGAUGGAGGGAUACCCAAGAGAUGUUAGCCAAGUUGAAGUACUCAACAAAUGGGUUGGUGGUGUGUCGCUCACGAUAUUGAUAGACUCUGAAGAAUAUUAUAUGAAACAGAGGCUCAUCAACAGAGGAGGUGAAACUGGCCGUGUUGACGACAAUUUGAAUGCAAUACAAAGUAGAAUAAGGUUCUUCAAAAAUAACACAUUACCAAUUUUGAAACAUUAUGAUGAUCAGGGAAAACUAGUUGUGAUAAAUGGAGAUCGGGACAAAGAUGAAGUUGAAUAUGACUUCACAAUGCUGUUUAAUCACAUGUUCGGGCCUCAGGCCAUACCAAAAUCUGCAGUUGAUGUGUCCGUGUUGAAGGACAAAAAUAUUAUAUUUGUUUGUGGUGGCCCUGGUAGUGGAAAAGGGACCCAAUGUGACAAGAUCGUUCAGAAGUAUGGGUACACACAUCUUUCAUCGGGAGACCUCUUGAGGGAUGAAGUUCGUUCAGGAUCAGAUCGUGGCAAGGAGUUGACUGCUAUAAUGACUAAGGGAGAACUUGUACCUUUGGAUGUAGUUCUAGAUUUGUUGAAGGAAGCUAUGGUUGCCAAGGCUCCAGGAUCAAAGGGUUACCUCAUUGAUGGUUACCCAAGAGAACUGGAACAGGGAGCAAGGUUUGAAAAAGAGAUCACUCCAGCCAGAUGUGUCUUAUAUUUUGAUGUGUCUGACGAUACAAUGACGAAACGACUAUUGGGGAGAGCAGCCACCAGUGGAAGAGCAGAUGAUAAUGAGGCUACUAUCAAAAAGAGGCUGAAGACGUUCCAUGAUGUAACCACCCCUGUUAUAGAUUAUUACAAAAAGCAGGAUAAAUUGUGUCAAAUUACAGCUGAGGGAUCAGUUGAUGAAAUCUUUAAACAAGUUGAGAAUGAACUGGAUAAAUUUGCCAAACUUGACCCCACCCCGCUAAAGGGAAGCCAUGUGGUGUUUGUAUGUGGUGGGCCUGGCUCAGGAAAGGGAACCCAAUGUGCCAAGAUCUUAGAGAAGUAUGGGUAUACCCAUUUGUCAUCAGGGGACCUGCUGAGGGCAGAGGUAGCAUCUGGGUCCCCUAGGGGGAAGACUCUACAGGCUGUCAUGGAGCGCGGGGAACUUGUUACAUUGGAAACUGUGUUAGAACUGCUCAAGGAGGCUAUGCUAGCCAAGGUGAAAGACUCUAAAGGCUUCCUCAUAGAUGGAUACCCAAGGGAAUUAGAGCAAGGAGAGAGGUUUGAAAGUGAGAUCACACCAGCUGAAUGCGUCUUGUACUUUGAAGUAUCAGAUGAGACUAUGACGGCACGGUUGCUUGAUCGUGCAAAGACCAGCGGUAGAGCAGAUGACAAUGAAGAAACUAUCAAAAAGAGGCUGAAAACUUUCCAUGAUAUCACAGAGCCUGUGUGUUCUUAUUAUGAUAAACAAGGAAAACUUAGAACAAUAAAAGCUGAGGGCACAGUA